AUGAUGCAACGAGGCACAAAAUUCCAUGUAAACCAGGGUCAAAAUGCCGUGAAACAAAGCGAGAACAGACACAACAAGGCAGAUACCGCCUCUAUUUGGAGUGACACGUGUCGCGAGGCAGUUCCUUACGCCAAAGUAGCAAUUGAAGGCUAUGCAUGCACCGGCGCAGGAAGGUCAGGCUACCUGCAUACGCAGCAUCCAGUGACAGGGAGAGUCUGUGUGGUACGCACCGAUGGCUGCAGUAAUAGCACAGGGCAAACCGGAGUCCAAUCUGAUAACGGCAAGGGCGGCCGGCGACGCCGUGCGAGUUUCAUUCUUAUUGGAGUGGCAGCAUAUGCUGGAUCGGGAAUUGUCCCACUUGUUUAG